AUGUCUGACAACCCAUCAUUCGUGCUCAAGGGCAUCCUGGAUGCUGAGAUCCAACAAAAGCCAGUUCCAGAGAUUGAAGCCAAUGAGAUCCUCGUGGAACUCAUUCGCGGCGAUGAUGGAAUUUGCGGCACUGACGUGCAUUUUCUUGUCUAUGGAAGUGUUGGUGAUUUUAUCGUAGAGAAGCCUAUGGUGCUGGGUCACGAAUCAGCAGGCGUGGUCUCGAAAGUUGGUCCUGGCGUAACUAAUGUCAAGGUGGGUGACCGAGUGGCUAUGGAACCUGCCGCAACAUGCCGCAAGUGUGAAGCUUGCAAGGAAGACGGCACCCUCACUCGUUAUUACCGCCUCCCGUCUGAUCUCGCUUGCCCACUUCCACCAAGUCUCAGUCUUGAGGAUGGAGCACUGAUGGAACCUCUUUCCGUGGCAGUCCAUGCUUCUGUUGCCGUCUUUGGUUGUGGACCAGUUGGACUUCUAUGUAUGGCCGUCGCGAAAGCUCUGGGUGCUUCCCGCGUUAUUGCUGUGGAUAUCAUUCCUGACCGCCUCGAAUUUGCUAAAACAUACGCUGCAACUGAUACCUUCCUACCUCCUUCUAUCGAUAAAGGCGAGUCGGGGGUCGCGUUCUCAAUACGCAAUGCCCAGGCAAUGAAGGAGAAGCUCAACAUUACUGAGCAUGGAUCUCGGGCGAUUGACUUGGUUUUGGAUGCUUCUGGCGCAGAGGUUGCCAUCCAGACAGGUAUCCGGAUCGCCAAGAGUGGUGGUACCUUCUUCCAAUUAAAGAUUUAUCUGAUUGGUCAUCGCGAUAUCACCAUUGACAUGUUUGCUGUCCUUCAAGUUUGCAAGGAGCUCGUCCUCAGGGGUUCCUUCCGUUAUGGACCCGGCGACUACUCUCUCGCCAUCGCCCUUGUUGCAUCAGGCAAGGUCGACGUCAAAUCCCUGGUAUCGCACCGUUUCCCAUUCACACAGGCAUGUGAGGCAUUUGAAAUCACUCGCAACGGCAAGAGUCCCGAUGGAAAAGGGGUUAUCAAGGUCAUGAUCUCCGGUCCUGACGUCGACAUCAAUGAGGUUUGAAAUCACAGCGUCUAUCAUGGAGGCUACACUGAGGCGGGUUGUUAUGUUCUUUUGAUCGCAUUGAAAGUGGAUCCAAGGGGUUUGGUACAUGACGUUGACACAAAUGGCUUCCACGGGAACAAACACUAUGUAAAUAUACACUACUCUAUGGCCAAAAAUUUGAUAUCCGAAUCUAAGUGUCUAUAACAUUCCUUGAUGGCUUCUUUAGGUUCACACAGAACUUGAAACGCGCACAGGCAGAGACGAGGGGAAGAAGAGCCAAAGGACGAACAUGGCCACAUUUUGAGAGACUGUUACAUAGCAGAAGACUCUCAUGCCGUCCUUGUUCGAGAUUAUACCGGUGAUGAAGGGGAGCACGGCUUAAACACUUCGGUGAGCCUGAAAGAGUAUAGUACAAGUCGAAUAACGCACCACUUCCUGCGCUAG